GGAAGAGACGGGAUUUUCUCGAAGCCAAAGGCAGAGAGGAGAAAGAGAGACAGCGAGAGAGGGAGAGCGAGCAGAGAGAGAGAGCGACCGCGGCCAUGGGUGAUUCGAGCGGUUCCGUUUCUGUCGACAUGGAGCCGAUCUCACUCGGUGGAAAGGAACAUAUUAUUCAGACUGGCCGUGGUCCUGUAUCUGUUGCUGUAUUUGGAGACCAAGACAAGCCAGCACUUGUUACUUAUCCUGAUUUAGGCUUAAAUCAUCCUAACUCACCAAUUGGUCAUGACCAGAUAUGUCAUGUUUCCAAGGAUUGUUCUUCUGCCCAGAAGCUUCCUCACUGCUGCUUCAUAACUUCUGCAUUUACCAUAUCAGUCCUCCAGGUCAUGCGGUCGUUAGGAGCUGCGGCAAUUUCUCCCAAAAUUCCUGUGCCUUCUGCUGAUGACUUAGCAGAUCAAGUUGCAAAUGUUCUCGACUACUUUGGGCUUGAUGUAGUGAUGUGCUUGGGGGUAACAGGUGGUGCCUACAUCCUCACUCUUUUUGCGAUGAAAUAUCGACAGCGGGUCCUUGGUUUGAUGCUCGUUUCCCCUCUAUGCAAGGCACCAUCUUGGACAGAAUGGUUGUAUAACAAGGUGUUGUCGAACUUCUUGUACUUCUAUGGAAUGUGUGGUGUAGUGAAGGAGUGCUUGCUUCAACGGUACUUCAGCAAUGAAGUACGGGGCAGCGAAUAUGUUCCUGAGUCGGAUAUUGUACAAGCAUGCAGACAUUUGCUUGAACAGAGGCAGAGUUCAAAUGUAUUGCGGUUUCUUCAAGCAUUGAGUGGGAGACGCGACAUUAGUGAAGGAUUGAAGAAACUACAGUGUCGGACUCUAAUAUUUGUUGGCGAGAACUCUCCAUUCCAUGCCGAGGCCCUCCACAUGACCUCAAAAUUGGAUAGAAGAUACAGUGCUCUGGUCGAGGUUCAAGCAUGCGGAUCGAUGGUGACGGAGGAGCAGCCCCAUGCAAUGCUGAUACCAAUGGAGUACUUUCUAAUGGGGUAUGGGCUUUACCGGCCAUGCCAGCUGAGCGGCAGCCCACGGAGCCCGCUGAGCCCAUCAUGCAUCUCGCCGGAGCUGCUCUCACCAGAAAGCAUGGGCUUGAAGCUAAAGCCCAUAAAGACGCGUGUUUCGCUGCAAGUUUAAUGUGAGGACAUGUAGGUAGGAUGAGAUGAGAGAGGGAGAGUUGGGAUGGUGGUAGAGAGUCGAUGUUGUAAUAAUAUUGGAGUUCCAUUUAAAUUUUUUUUUUUUUUUUGUUCUUCUUCUUCUUCUUCUUCCUCCACCAUUUUCAUGAUAUCAUUUGAUGUGGGGGGUGGGGGGUUUGGUGGGGAGGUGUAGAUAGUGUGGUAGGUGACAGAAAGGGGAAAGAGCAGAUAUGAUGGUGAGAAUGAGUGAGGGAGGGGGGGAGGGAGGGAGAUUCUAUUCCAUUCAUUUGUAGUCGCAGUCAUAAGGUGUCUGUCUUGUCUUGUCUUGGUCUUGUAAAUCCUCAUUAUUUAUGAUUACUGAUAAUAAUAAUAAGAAAGAUUCGAGGAUGAGAAGGUGGGCCUCAAUCAUGAUGGGGUUGGCCUUCUUUUCUUCCUCUUUUUUUUUCCCCCU